GGUCGGUUGAAGAUUAUCGUUAUUCCAGUUUUUUGUUCUUUGUCUUCUCUUUCCCGAUGGCUCGAAAGAGCUCUUCUUUUGAGAGAAGACCCACCACCCCUCCUUUUUCCCCUCUCCUCUCUCCUCAAUCCUAACCCUAGAUCUCUCCCUCCCUCUCUCUCUCUCUCUCUCUCUGUGUGCUCCAUUCACGAUCAUCUUUCCUUCCAAUUACUCAUUCUUCCAUUAACAAUCCUUCAAAAUCACGAGAAAAAAACAUACACAAAUAUGUGUAUCAUCGAGGGUUUGCUUUGGGUUGAUUCAAUGGUGUAGGCUGGGGUUUUUACUCUACUCUAUUCUAUUCGAUUUGAUUUGAUUUGAUUUGAUUAUCUGCAUGUCUUUUUCUGGAGAUCUCGAACGAUGAUUUCGAAUCCCAGUUUGAUCUUCUACGCCUGUGUUUCCAAAGGAACUACGAUUCUCGCUGAAUUCAAUUCCCGCGAUGCCGAUCUCGCAACCCUAGCUUCCAAAUGCCUCGAGAAAGCCCCUCUCUUGCACGUCAAUUUCUCUCACACCGUUCGCAAGAAGACCUACACUUUCCUCAUGGACGAUCCUUUCGUCUACUUCUCAAUCUACGAUGAAUCUCUCGAGAAUUCAGAAGCUCUCUCCUUCCUCCACAGCGUCAAGAAAGCCUUCGACAAGAUCAUCAUCAGUGAGAACGUUCGGUCUAAGGAGAAUCUCAAUUCGCAUCAUUUUCAGGGAGAAUUCAAUCCGGUAUUCCACCAAUUGCUUGCUUCGCUGGCGACGGAGAUGAUGGAAGGUCCGCAAUCGCCGCUGGGGCACUUGAAGCACGGACGCAGUGGGAGUUUGGAUUCACCGAGGGGGAAGAGGAUUGGGUCGGUGCCUUUGCUUGGGGGUGAUUCGAGGAGCUUGAAGAAGAAGAAGAAAAAGUUGAGUAAUGAAGGCAAUGGUGAAUGCAAAGAUGGAUUGGUUGAAAACAAGGUCGAUUUUUCAAAAAAUGCCAAUGCCAUUGUUUUGAGCAGAGAUUUCUCGAUGUCGAUGCAGAAGGGGGGGAUGUCGAUGCAGAAGGGGGGAUUGUUUGGGGACGAUUCGGGGCAACAGCAGAAGGCGAAGAGGGUUUGGAAGAGGCAUGUUUGGGUGGUUUUGUCUCUGGAUUUGAUUGUGUGUUGCAUUUUGUUUGGGGUGUGGUUGUGGAUUUGCAGGGGAUUCAAAUGCAUUGAUGGUUGAAUACCUGAAUUGGGUCUGAAACUCUGUUGUUUGUUCUGGGUUUGAGUUUGGGGAAUUUCUCUGUAUAUUAUUAAUGUUUAACUAUCUAUCAUCAUCCACAACAGACACGAGUCUUAUACUAAAAAAUCUAUAUGAUUAUUGGACGAGCUAUAUAUUGAAUUGUUGUUCAGCUUCUACUGGUAAUAUCUGUAUUUUCUUUGUGAGAAAAAAUCAAAGUCUUUGUAUGAA